AUGUCAAGUGGAAUGCAGAACUCUCAAGCUGGUCCAUCAGCAUUCACGAACUAUGCGAGUAGGUUCUUAUCUAGGAAGAUGGGUAAUCAGGAGGUAGAAGGAAGUCAAAUAUUUAGAGCUCCAUCACCACCCUCACCAUCACACGAUCCUUUCCUUCCUUCACCAUCAAUCACCAGUUCCCACCCUCAUCUCGCGGGGGGAUCAAGAUCCUCUUCACCUUCUCUAUCAGAUUCCGUCAGACGUACACCGCCAUUCCCCGGACCAGGUAUAGAAGGUAUACCAGAUAUUGACGAAUCGGGCUUGGGAAGUAGUAUAGGCGUCGGGUUACUAUUCUCUGCUCCACGGGAUGAAGAAGGUAGUAUACCUAAUCCAUCUUCUUCGUUGGGAAGUAAAGAGAAGAAGUCGAAACCAAAAUCAAGUGUACCCAAUCCUUAUGCAGCUUCGUCGGAAUCUUCGGAGGAAGAGGAAGAAUUGGAUUUAGAUGAAGUAGCAAAUGUUCGAAGAUCUCUCAUCAAACAAACCACUCGACAGCAACAACAGAAGAAUCCAUUAUCUGAAAGAGCAAGGAAAGGAUGGUUAGCUCAUCAAAGUGUUUUCCCACCUUCUUCGUCGUCUUCGAGCGAAGAUGAAGAUUCGGAUGAAAGUGAUAAACAGACUGAAUCCGAUUCGGAUUCACCUAGAAUGACAGGUAAUCCAAGGAGGAAAUCGUCCAAGUCAAGGUCAAGAUCAAGAGAUCAGAAUGAACCUCAGGGAUAUAUGCUAUCACCCUCAGAACUUUAUAAUGUAUCUACUGGAUUACAGGAUGCGUAUGAUGAACCGUCAAAUUUGGAAGAGCCUCUUUUAGGACCGGAUGAAUUGGAUGAGACUAGAAGUGGGGUACAAAGAAGGGGUAGAGUACCGGUCAGACUACAGGUAUAUCAUGGUAGAUUUGGGCAUUGGGAGAGAGAAGGUUUAAGAAAAUAUAAAGACUCUGGUUUCCUCGCUCUUUGGCUCACUAGCUUGACAGGGAUAAUCAUAGGUUUGGGAUUCGUAUGGGGAUCGACAGAUCCACCAUCAACCGCACCAGGUACACCCAGCCGCUCAGCACCUUCCAUUGUACCGCUCCUACCCUUACUUCUCAUCCUUCUCAUACCCACUCUUGUACUCCCUCCAGCAUUCUUACUUCUUUUGCGAAAGACUGUUCGACCUGUACUACUCGCCACAGCUAUCAGCAUACCUUUCUCGCUUUUCCUAUGUGGAUGGUGGGCAUUAGGAGAGAGUUUCGAUACCAGUGGUUUGACAGGGAUCGAACAAGGCGAGAGAUGGUGGGGAACUACUGGACUUCGGCUUGGUGCGGUCUUCCUUUGGCUGUUAGCUGCGUGGUUUGGUAGAUUAGUAUGGAAGAGGAGGAAAAGACUGGAUAGGACCGCUUCAGUAGUGGAGUUAUCCACCAACCUCCUACUCACUCAUCCCCCACUGCUGCUUCUAACUCCUCUUUUGCUGGGUGUCUUCGCAAUCACUUCCAUACCUUUCCUUACUCUGCUCAUACGUCUCGGUACCAUCGGCUAUUGGAGACAUCCACGCGAGAAUACCUGGGUCUUCCAUAUCAGACCGUACGCCGGAUGGUUGAUCUUCCUAGUCACUUUAGCAUGGGUAUGGACUUGGGGUGUUAUCCGGGGUGUCGGACGAGUAGCGGUCGCAGGUGUAGUGGGAGAAUGGUUCUUCCAUCGUGAGGAUCAGACGCAUCCAGCUCCUCUGGAGAUUACAACUGCUGCCGUUCACCGAGCCACCGGUACUUCGCUUGGAUCAAUCUGUUUAGGGGCAGGUAUUAUCGCCAUCGUACGGACGGUAGGCAGAGGUGCAGCAGAACUCAAACGAGUCACUAAUCCCAAAUCGAAGAUACUCCCUACACCUCUUCUAUUCCUGACCAGCCUCACACCAUUGUUUGGUAUCGUUGCUGGGGUUCUGGAUCAACUCAAUGGAUAUGCGUUGGUAUACGUUGGUAUAACUGGAGAAGCAUUUUGGCCUAGUGCUAGGAGGGCAGUCGGAUUGGCAGGACGGAGGAAAGGAGGUAGAUUACUAGAUUAUACCCUUAUCAAACUCCUUCUUACUCUGAGCUCCACUGCUAUGGGCCUUUUUACCGGUACAGCAGGAUACCUCUAUAUGACUCAUUCCCUAUCAAAUCCUGCUUAUGCACCUCUCGCGGGAUUGUUAUGUGGAGGUCUGCCCUUCUUGGCUGUUAGAGCCGGAGCGGCCGUUUUAGGUGAUGCUGCCGAUGCGUUGUUCAUCUGCUAUCAGAUUGAUAGGGAGCUAGGUGGUGAUCAUUGUGAGAAAGCUAAAGAAGCUUUUGCCGGUGAAUUACCCAGAGGUGAAGGAGCUGUGUAA